AUAUGACUGAUCCUUUUAAUUCAAGUGUAAGGCAGAGGCGGAAGACUGGGAAAAACGCCUGAUUUAACUCAUUAACGACCAAGGUCACCUUAGCCUGGAAGACAUGUACAUCUUUACAGAACGAUCAUUUGAUGACGAAGCUAUGGGGGCAUUAGCUAGCGACUUAAAUCACUUGUCGAUUGGCUUUUGUCUGGUUUUUAUUUACCUCGCCUUCACUGUCAGUAAAUUUAGCUGUAUAGAGCAAAAGGGUUUCUUGGCCAUCGCAGGCCUCCUCAGCAUCGGCAUGGCCAUCGUGUUCACGUAUGGAAUCGGCUUCGCCACGGGCAUCAUGUUCGGACCCAUACACCAGAUCACACCAUUCAUGCUCCUAGGUAUCGGCGUGGAUGACAUGUUCGUGAUGAUGGAGGCUGUACGGCAGCUGUCACCUGAGGAGCGGGCCCUGUGUGUCGAGGAGCGGAUUGGACUCGCCCUGAAACAUGCGAGAGUUUCUAUCACCGUCACCUCCAUCACCGACAUUGUAGCCUUCGCCAUUGGCGGCUCUACCGUGAUUCCUUCUCUCAGCACGUUCUGUGUGUACGCAGCCAUUGAUGUUCUUGCUCUUUACAUCCUACAAGCCACGUUUUUUGUGGCCUGCGUCACGCUGGAUGAACAACGUAACGACGCCAGGAGAAACGCGUGUUGUAUAUGCGUCAAACACGACGUCAAGUACAAACCAGGGAAAUAUAUCGAUUUCAGUAUUCAACAUGAGUUUAUGAGACGUUAUUGGGGACCAUUCGUAACAAAGAUACCGGUGAAGGCUGGAAUCAUUAUUAUUGCUGUCGGCCUGUCCUCUCUAAUCAUCUGGAGUUUUCUGCAAAUCAAGAAAGACUUUGAUCCGAGCAUGUAUCUCCCUUCCGACUCGUACUCCCAGAAGUUCGUAAAUGCGGAUAGGAAGUACUUCCCGGACGACGGCGCCUUCGUCAAGCUCUACUGCGAUACACUUGACUAUAACGACAACAUUGACAAAUUGAAAGAAAUGCACGAUACACUGAAGCAAACGAAAGCUGUGCAGGCUUCUACAAUCGAUUUUUGGUUGGCGAGCUUUCUAGAAUGGCAAUCGUCCCAAAAUGGAACCCCAGACCUCUUCUCCCAGCUUCUAUAUUUUCUGACGACAGAUAACGGAAGAGUGUACUGGCCGUUCCUUCGAUUUGACAAAUUACAAAACCAACGAAAAUUCUGGUAUUCUGCAAACCCAACGAAAAUUCUGGCGUCAUCUUUGACGUUCCGUCACGUUAAAUGUACGUCGUCUAUAUGCAACAUACAGGCGAUGGAUGAAAUAAGAGAAAUGACAGACCAGCUGAGUUUUAACGGUGGCGGGCACUGUUUUGUGUACUCCACUCCACAAUACAUGGUCAACGAAACCAAUAAGAUGCUGAAACUUGAGCUGUACCGGAACCUAUUGCUGGCGGCAGUGUGCGUAUUCGUGGUCACCCUCAUCCUCAUUGCCAACCUCUGGACCAGCGUCCUCGUCUUCGUCUGUGUCGUCUACACCGUGAUUGAUGUUGCUGGUAUGAUGCAGUUCUGGGACAUCUCCAUCGACACCGCCUCCAGCGUGUUCCUCAUCCUGUGCGUCGGUCUUGCAGUGGACUACUCCGCUCACGUGGGUCACACAUUCAUGACACACACCGGUUCGAAAAAUGAGAGGACCAUGAAAACUCUGGUUCACAUCGGUUUUGCUGUGUUCAGUGGAGGGUUCAGCACAUUCCUGGCUUUCGUGCUGCUCGUCAACAGUAUUAGCUUUGGUAUGAUGCUUUUCUUUAAGAUAUUCACAGCCGUAGUUAUAUUUGGGCUGUUCCACGGCCUGGUGUUUCUACCUGUGAUCCUCAGCAUUGUUGGGCCGAAGCCCUACGACAGACGCUUCCUGUCGCCCCUUGAUACCGUCCCUAGCAACACUAAUGUCGACAUGGACUAUGAACUGCAUUUUGUAAACACAAGUGAUGAUUAUCAUUUAAAUAAUAUCGAAAGAAAACCUUUGAGACAUUACCAUGUAUCAGUGCAGGAUGUAUUCUGUAAGGAGUUUCCACCAAAGGCGAAUGGACAUGCAAUAAUAUAUGGGAUAUACCAGUGGACGUUAAUGCCGCGCAUGCAAACGAACUUAUGCAAAAUCCAAGGUAUUCGGGUUCCGACUACGAGCAGCUCUCUAACGGGUCUCUUGUCGAGAUACCGUAUCUGGGCCCGGACUCUCCAGACAGACUCGCCGCGGACCCACGGGGAACCUGACGGCUAGAUAUCACACGUUGAAUGAUCUCUGCCUUGUUCAAUACUUAUGAGUGCCAAACGUUAUCUGCUUCAAGACUACUGAUUAAAAAUAAAGGUAUAACGAUAGGAAAAAUCAAAAUUAUGCGUGAGAUAAACGGUAUAUGUGAAAUUGUAUUUAUACAAUGUUAGCUUGUGCAAGUGUAUUUGGAGUCUUUUAAAUCGAUCAAUGUAUUCCACAUAUGUUGCGAUUUUGUUUAUAAUCGUGUGCAUAUAAAGUUUACUUUGUUCAUUUAACUCGACAAAUUGAUAUAAAUCAUUAACAUUUCCACUUAGCAUGGAAAAUAUAAAUGUUGGUAUUCGCAAAAUAUUUGAACUUAAUAGCGCGAUAUCAAUUAGAGUUUUGUUCUAAAGAUGUUUACAAAUGUGUUGUUUAUAUGUUACUUGAAAAGGGUUUAUAUAAUAGUUUCCUGGCUGUUUUACCUCAAAUUUGCUUUUCAUGCCAUGAUUUGAACAGUUGCAAUGUUCAAAUAACUGUAUUUAAGACGUACAUUAUUUGGGUAUCUUCAAGCACCGACUAUAAUCAAUGCACACACUCAUACAUAAUCACAGUUGACAGUGAAAUAACACUUACAAUUGAAUGUAUUGUGUUACAUUUUUGAAGGAAAGGCUAAAUCAAAUGGCAAAAAUUCUUUUAUAAGCAUGUUAUGCUAUUCUUGAGAUUGUUAUCAUUAUAAGUAUAUGCAAUAAUUGUGUCGAUUAAGGGAAUACAUAUGUUGAUGAGUGCACCCGUUAUCCUUUGCCUUGUUCCCGUUGUCCAGGCACUAACAAUGCACAAUUUUUCGAAUGUUCCGUCGUGUUUUAAAAGCUUUGUAGAUUAGAUUACAGAUGAAAAGCUUUACACAUGUUUAUUAUGUUUCUGAUUAAUGAUUGACCAAAAACGAAACUAUAUGUUUGACUUGUUUCAUUUUCGGGAAUGUUAUUCUGCAUUCCUAUGUAUAAAGAAUACAUUUUCUUUUGGGUAUAUGGCAAUAGCUUUGAAAAUUAUCACUUCGCCGAUAUGUUAGCAAGUCAUGUUUAAACGUGUCAUGUUUUUCAAUGACAUAUCUAAUACCACGCAUUUGUCAUACCCCACCCGAAAAAUAAUUCACGCAGAAUACAUGUAUGCGUAAUUGAAGCAGAAUACAUGUAUGCGUUUUCUUUUAAAAACACAACAACGUCACGCCAAUUUUCUGAUCAUUUCUGUUAGUUUUGGGCACACAAUUUAUAUAAACAGGUAUUGCACAAGUAAAAUGUUGAUAAAUUA